AUGGUUUGGUGCAGUAUAAAAGUGUUCAUCGAAGUAUACAGCAGGUAUAUGUAUAUCAAUUUGGAUGAAAUUCGUCAUCAUAAGUAAAGCAACCACGUUAAAGGAGGAUUUGAACAAAUGAUAAAAAAAAAAAAUAUUACCAUCUUAGAGACUUCAAGUAGCAUAAUCAUCUAGUAGUAUAUAACAAAAAAUAUACAAGUUUUUACUGAUCUUUCAAGGUGUACAAUCAAUUCAGACUUGAUUACAUCUAAAGCAUUUCAAACAAUAACCAUCAAAAAACCAAAGUAACUUGAAUCAGGAUACAUGAAUACGAUUCAAUAGUUUACCUUUGCUUUUAGGAAUUAGUUAACUCUACGGUAAAUAUCAGAUUAGAAAUGUUAGAGCUAUUAUUUUAGUCAGUUAAUACCAAGCAGUCUUCAAAACCCAAAAACAUAUUUAGUGCAGGUGAAAGCAUGCAGAAUUGUUUAGGAAGUAGGACAGUUAGAUCAACAAGGAUAAAUUAAAAAAAUUUCAAGCUUUAGUUUCUCAAAGCAAUCUGAAAAAAUAUUGACAACUGGAACGAUUUUGCUUCAAGUUUAUAGAACAGAUAAAGUUUAACAAAGUUCCAAAAGUGAACUUGAAAUAAAACUACCAGAAGCUUAAAAGAACUGUAUAGAGUAAAAGCAUUAGCCAAUAUAUCUGAUUAUAACAAAUAAAUAUCUUGAGGCUACAAGUGAAACUAUAUAUAGCAAGGAUAGAUGUUUAAGAUUGUUGGGAUGGCUAAAGAAUCAAUCGAAAAAAAUCUUUAAAUACAUCAGCAGCAUUGUUAAGGUUUUACAAAGUUUUUAAACAUUGCCAUAAUAUGAACAUUAUGAUUUGAGAUUAACAAUCUCGGCAUGUAUUUGA